UACCACUGCAUCAAACCACAGUUUUCAGAACAAGUUUCCACUACCGACAGAGUAACAUAGCUUUCUCAUCACUUGAUAUGAAAACUUGAUAUAUGUAAUUCAAGGUCUUCUUCAAGAAUUCAAGGACACUCCUUUAAGUCUUCAAAAAAUUUGCAGACUCUAUCCUGAUGAGGAACCGAAAAUCAGACUAGAGACCGAAACGUUUUCAGUUCUAGUAAGUCAUAUUGAGAGUUGAUGUGAGCAAAUCUCUAAAAUCCAACCUUAUUAACCCAAGGAACAUAAAACAUCAUGGAUAACGCCACCUCAGUCGACAGCGAUGAGAAGUUUUUGCCUUUCCAGCGCUACCUCUUUACACCCGUGUACAGCCUGGUCCUGUUUUUUGGACUGAUAGGAAAUCUCGGAGCUUUGUACUACUUCAUCUUUAAAAUCAAACAGAAAUCACCUUCAAACACAUACAUCAUCAACCUGGCGGUGGCCGACACGCUUUUCUUGUUCGCCUUGCCGUUUCGUAUCCACUACCAUCUGAACGACAGCAACUGGAUAUUUGGCGGAGCCAUGUGUCGCAUCACCGGCACGGUCUUCUUCGCCAACAUCUACAUCAGCAUCACCUUCAUGACCUGCAUCUGUGUGGACCGCUACAUCGCCACCGUCCACCCUCACACCUACUUGCGGCUCCGCAACACGCAUCUCGCCGCACUGGUGAGCACCACCGUGUGGUUGGUCUCCGGGGCAGCCAUGUUGACCUUCAUGCACGAGUGCCCAUUAUCAUCUAAAGGGAACAUGUGCUUUGAGGGCUUCACUACAGACGAGUGGAAAGGCAUGGCGCCCUACAGCUUAUGCAGUCUCAUUUUGGGAUCCCUUCUGCCUUCUGUGGUUAUCCUGGUGUGUUACCCCAUUGUGGCUCGCCGCAUCGCCCGGAUCAACAACUCCACCGCCCGCGCGGCACGGCGGAUCAUCUACGCCAUCCUGGCCAUCACAGUUCUGUGUUUCCUGCCUUACCAUGUCAUGCAUCUAGUGUACCUUCUGUCACGCUUGAGACAGAUCAAACAUGACUGGAUUUACAUCCUCCGUAGAGUGACCAUGGCUCUUGUCAGUCUAAACAGCCUCCUGGACCCGAUAUUGUACUACUUUGCCACCGGCCACUACAAGUGGAGGCUCAAAAGACUAAGGUUGAAGAAGAAAAAGGGCGUUUAUGCCAUUUCCAAGGGUUUUUGAGCUUCUGGAGGCUUCAUUCUGACUGAAUGAUUUGUUUUAAGUGCCGCCCACCAUGCAAGAUUGUACAACAGAGGCAAGACAAGAUGAUUCCACUGUGACUUGAUGUACCUGAGUCAGGUUUUGUACUGAUACAGUGCAAAAACAAACAAUAAUGACUGUAUUUUUUAUUACAAAACAGCAAAAUUAUUGAUAGACUGAUUAAUUGGCCAAUAUUUGGCCAUCUUGACAUGAUCUUGCCAGCUAGGCUGAUCCCCAAUUGAGUCGGUGCUGACCAUCUUGUCAGUGGUUUAUGCGAUUUUGGUGUUUUAUAAUAUUUUGUGUAAAUAUCUGCAUCUUAUUUCAUGUCAUUGAACUAUUGGAUUUGUAUCAGAUGAUAUAGAUAUCAGUAUCACCACUGGAAAAGCCCACGAAUAAAAAUACUGUGUUUUGUUUCAAAUUAUUUUUUAAUGUUGAACUUCAUCUAAAACUAAGAAAUAAAUAUAUUUUCACAACUGAAA